AUGCUCUACGAGUACUUCGCCAAUUGGCCUUUGCAGGCUCUACCGUGGGGGGGGUUUUGCACCGUCGGAGUCCUCACUUACGAUGUCCAUCGCCGAGUCCGCAUUGCCGAGCAGAUCAUCGAGAACAAGCGAACCCUCCGAACCUCUGCACCGAACUAUGAUGCGACAGCUUCCGCCAAGCGCCUCGCCAUGAUGAUGGACGCUGCUGAAGCAGGCGAAUUCAUGGGACUGGAUUCCUUGAAGGACAAACCGUCAUUGCGACGGGCCAAGGGCGAUGAUCAGACGCAAGGUCUGCUAGAUACCCAUGAGGACUCUUCUCAGCAGCAACCUGCGGCGGUCCGGUCGUCUGAUCUGGACCAAUACGGUCCGUUUAGCCAAUCGCGGAGCAUAAAGAUGAAAGAGUCGGCAGAGGCUCGGGUGGCCCUUGCUCGACAUGCUGAACCGGCGGAGGACGCUUAUGAGGACAGUGAUGUAUCGGCUGAAAAGCGGAUAACUCAAUUGAUCUCGGAGGAUCGGGAAAUCGAGGCCACUAAUGUCUUUCUGGAAAACUUUUAUGAAGCCGCCGAUGUGACAAUAUCCUUCGAGACACGGGAAGUCGCGCGUAAGCUUUUUACCGUGAAUUGCAUGAAAGGAAACACAUUCCUCGCUCGGACUCUCUUUGAGCGGAUGGAGAAAGUGAGUGUGAUAGAUACCCAGAUGUGGGCCACAAUGAUGCAUCUGCUUGCAAAGGGAGGUCAUAUCGAUUCUGUUGGUUCUAUCUAUGAAAGGCACCACAAGAAGCUACGCGUACCCUCUUAUCUGCUCGAGGUUGUACUUCGAUCUUUACUUGAAUCGAGGAGAGUGAACCCAGCCAAGAAUCUCUUCUACUCGCGCAUCAAAAAUGACAAGAACGGUGGCCUGUGUGGUGCAUUUCUGGAUGGUCUUUGGAGGAAGACAAGGAGUCUCGAUUUGAUAAUCGCGGAAUUCCGAAAUAUUUUGGCAACCCUGGCCAACCUUGAUCGCUCUCCAAACGAGAAGCUUUUCAACCCACUCGUCAAGGCCUUCAUUGAAAGCGGCCAGCACGAAGAUGCCGAAGACUUGGUCGCAGACAUGCCAACCAAAUACAAUGUGCAACCUGGAUCUCGAACCCUUGGUCUACUUAUAUAUGCCAAGGCUUUGACUUGUGACUGGGAAGGCGUCUUUGCUGGGAUGCAUGAAAUGCAUCGACUUGAUUUUACUCGCAAUAAGCGAGAUUUUGCAUAUGCAUUUGAUCGUGUCUUCUUGGAAUAUUAUCCUACUCACUCCGGUCGCGAGAUUUUCGACUUCCUUACUAGCUGCAUCCAUCAAUUUGGGCUUGUUCCGGACAAGAUUCUUCAUCGACACAUUCUGGAGGCUUUGGUCGAAAAAGGCGACUCAAACCUCAUUGGGCAGAUCAGUCGUUUAGCCGAGGAGCGUCAAUGGAGUACGGGGCUCAACCAAGACGAAUUUUUGAGUAUUUUGAUCGCGCGUCGAGUCUCAAUGCAAGAUUCCCCUGUUGGAUUCUGGCGAAUGAUCCAAGCUGCUAAGAAGCAGUAUGGUCAGGUUGCCACCACUCGACGCCUUCUAGGCACUGGAUCCGCAUCUUAUUCUUUGGACCGAGGUGUUCUGUACCCAAUCCAUAAGCCAGCAAACGAGACAUUCUCGAGAAGUUUGGACGAUCUGGUGCAUACCAAGCUUAUUGACAACCACAUACCUCUCCGCAAGCAAAUGGAGGAUCACAUAAACGCGGGUAGAUUUCAGGAAGCCCUGGGUGUCUUCCGAACUGCGAGCUCUUCAGGCUUUGUGCUUCGGCCUACCCACAUCCAUCUUGCUGUCAUAGCAACGAUCCUUGGCCAUGGCUGGCUGGGCUUAGCGGAUGCCCAGAUCAUUAUCAAGAGCGAAUACCCAAACUGGCUCAAAGGGCGAACUGCAGGAGCCAACCCGGCGUUCCCUCUCGUACCCCCCAUCUUCUUCCAACAAUUAUUGCAGCUGGACAAGGGUGUCAGUGAUACAGCUCUUCUCAAAAUGGCAAUUUUCGAAUACUACAAUCUUUGCCAGGAUACGCCACACCUCAUCGUCAAGCACCACGCACUUGCCUCGCUCAGCAAAAAAUUGAUUUCUUCGAAACAGGGACCCAAAGCCAUCGAUGUUCUCACGGCGGUAUACAAGUCCACAUGGCGAAAAUCACAUGGCUUUGACCAGGUGCUAUUCAAGAUGUUGCUUCGUGCCUUUGCUUCGACAGAGAACCUGAGGGGUGUUUGGUGGUGCUUGGUGGCGGUUCUUUCCCGAACAGAACCCGCUAUUCAGGAUUUCUAUGUCGAAGUGCGACGGCUGAUGCCUACCCUGGAGCAAAUUUGUACUCGCCAAGGAAGAAAUGAUGACUCCAAGGUCACCCACAACAUUACCGUUUUGCAUCGCCUCGCAGAAUCACUGCUGUGCAGCAUGCAAGGAGAAGCCGGCUGGGUGAACAAGUCUCCUCACCCCGGAAGCAAGACUAACGGGCGUAUGGAGGUGGUUUCUCGCUCAGCCGAAGAGCAAAAGGUUCUGCCACGAGGCUCUACCGAAGAUAUGGUCUACUAUUUUGAUGAAGAGAUGGAACUAGAUCUCCUGAUGAAUAACAAUAUACCCACCGAGGAUGAAGUGAUGCGGAUAUGGAAGGAGAGUCGCCUUGUGAACCAAGAGUUCUGGCUUCCUGAGGACCCUAAAUACCCUCGGAAGAAAGCUCUAGGGACAAAGAAUUUGCGGGUGUAG